AUGACUGAAUUCGUGCUUGCUCAGCUUCUGAUGGUAAACGUUGUAGCAAUUAACAUCUUCUCCACGACGUUCUUCAGCACAAAAUACUCCUUUGGCAAGUUUGAUAGAGGUAUUCUGCUAUGGACAUUUGGUGUUCCCUGUAUCGGCGCGUUGAUUGCAGCCAUGCUUGAUCAGUUCGGACCGGCGGAAAUUGCUUGCUUUUUCGACCCCAUCAAUGGCAGGGUUGCAAGUUUGGUGCUUAUUACGAUCCCACUUACAGCAAUUAUGGGUGUCAACGUUCUGCUCUACAUUCUGACGUUCAUAAAGAUCCGUAUUGACAUAAGGGCUGUCAGAAAAAGUCUUGGCAAUAUGGGGUCAACAACUGAACGUCAUAUAAAGGCUGGCCGCAAGAUGUCAAUGUUUGUGGUGGCUUUCUUCAUCCAAUGGUUCAGCUUUGGUCUGAUUGGCGUUUGGUUCAUGAUUGCAGAUGAUGUAGCAGAUAUACCGAAAGUUUUGAAACAUGUCGUUGGCAUUUUUACAAACCUUGGCGGUGUUCUAAAUUUGAUCAUUUACCUGGCGGUAUUUAGGAAAACAAGACCAAAUAUGGCCGCAAGUAUGAACUCGCAAAAUACACAUAUGGUCAGCUACAACAAUAAAAAUCGUCCUACUCGCUUUGUGCAGCGAAAUGAGGAAUUCGAAUUUAACUAA